CUUCCCAAAUAAUUCGCGCGACAACAGCAACGCCGGCGACGAUGACGAUGGUGCCAGGCGGCGGCCGCGCUUGCGGAGUAACACCAUGACGUCGAUGGCUUCCUUCUCGUGGAUUUCGAUGACGGCAGAGAACAAGCUGCUGCUGCGUAAGAAUCUGUCGACGGUGGUCAGCAUCAUAUACGCCGUGCUGAUCGUCGGCUCAGGUAUCGUCAUCGUCGUCACUCCCGAACUGAUCUAUAGUCCUGUCGGCUACGAGUGGGUGGUGAAGUGCUUUUUCAUCUACCUAUUCACCGCCUCGCUUGCGUGGAUGCUGCUCUGCCAGACGCAAAUCGGAAUAUUCGUCAAGGAGAUCAGGCUGUGGAAGAGGCUGGGAGAGGAGGAAGCCGAGGCGACCGUGCCCAGGCAUGGCUCGCAGUGCCAGGGGCUGGGAAGCUGGGAGCAGGACCAUCCGUUUGGCUUCCUACAGGACGGUCAUGUCGGCAACUCGUUCCUCAAGUUUGGCGCCGCAGGUACGUGUACGAGAUCGGCAGCAAUACGUUAAUGUUAAAUAAUUAGUUAAUUAACUUAAUUAAGUUAGUUUAGAUAAUUAAUUGCGUGUUAAGCCGGGUUUAUGCUAUCGACUUUGAGUUGAAAAGUUGACGAGUUGAUCAACUUUUCCACAUUUUAUGAAACUUUCUAGCUGAUGUUCGGCGCGUUUACACUACCGACUGCGAGUCGGUCUACGUUUCAACCAUAGAAAUAAUAUAGAUAGACUAAGGUUAUCUAUAUUAUUUCUAUGGGUUCAACUUGGGCGUACGCGUGAGGCGAUGUAUGCGCAUUCUGGCGUGUAUAAACUCGCGCCUGGCGUAGCACGUGUGCCGCCGAUAGCAUAAAGGCACGUCGUGCAAAUAAUCUCCCACUAGUUGCGAGGACACACCACCACGAU